AUGGCAGGAAAUUCGAAAGAACUUACAAAUCGUUUAGAAAAAUUCGAGGGUUGUGAAGAAUUUUGUUCUAAUAUCACAAAGGAAGAAAUGGAGGACAGUUUCUGCAGCAACGUCCGUAAAAUAUUGCGGGACAUGAAGACGAUUGAAAACCUUUUCAACGAAAUAGAAGAAAAGAGAAAACAAAAUGAAGAAAUAAAAUCAGAAAUAAAACGUUGGCUGAGCGAAGAUCAAACAGAAUUUGCCAGCGAUGUCGGCAACGCAGGCAUCACUUCUAAUGCAACAAAAACAAAAUUUGGAGAAUAUACAAAAACAGGACAAGAAAACAACAAAAUUGGAGAAAAUGAGGACAGUUUCUGUUGCAGUGUACGGCAGAUAUUAAAAGACAAGAAGACAAUUGACAAUCUUUUUGUUGAGAUUGAAGAAAAGAUGAAAAAAAAUUCCGAAAUAAAAUCUGAAAUAAAACGUUUGAUAAAUGAUGGAUCCACUGGCGAUGUUAGCAAUAUAGUCGACAUUUCUGCUACACUGAAUUCAACAGACGCAACAACUACUUAUAUAAAAAGAAACCCGACAGAAGCUCACACAACGACAAACAAAAUUUUUUCAUCAACAAACAAAACAAUAACAUCAGCAAAUUUGAGGAGAAAAAUAAUAUUAGCAAACAUAAACAACGCAAGAUCUAAAAACACAAUCAACGAAACAACAAAGUUAGCAUCAACGAACAUAAAGAAUACAUCAUCAACAAACAAAACUACAACAACAUCAGCCAGCAGCAAAGGCGCAGCAUUUAGAAAUUCACACGAAACAAGUUUUAAUGUGAAGUGUUUAUCUGAACCAAGAAAGAGAAGAAUAAGGAGAAGAUUGACUUUUGAAACAAUGGUCCCUUCACCUGGCUUGACUCCAGCAAAAGAAUUCUUGGUAAAGGAAGAAACAGAAAUUAAUUUAGACUCUACACCAAUUAGAGAAAAUACAAGAAGUGCUCAAACAGCAAAAAUAUCAUUUUCAUCUAUAUAUAGAAAUCGAACAAACCAAUUACAAAGAAUGCACAGGACAACAAAUCAUACAAACACAUCAACAACGUUAACCAAUGCAAUCAGUGGAGCCACUAAACCAACAAACUCGAAGCAAACAAAAUCAUCAACCAAGACAAACAGACCAACAACAAAAUCAACAAAAAUAAACCACACAACAUCUACAAUAAAUCAUACAAACACAUCAACAACGUUAACCAAGGCAAUCAGUGGAGCCACUAAACCAACAAACUCGAGGCAAACAAAAACAUCAACCAAUACAAACAAACCAAUAACCAAAUCAACAAACAUAAACCAUACAACAUCUACAAAUACAAACCAAGUCACAUCAUCAAAGUUAUUCAAAACGACUGCCACACAAUUAAAAGAAAACACUGGAAAAGCUCAGGAGCCGAUACGGAAAUCGUUUUCGUUUAUGCAUAGAAACCGAACGAAUGAAUUAAAAAAGACACUCAGUACAACAAACCACACAAACGCCCCAACAACAUCAACAGAAGCAAUCGGAGGAGCUGCCAAACCAACAAACACAACAAAAACAUUGAAAACGCAUGCAAAUGAACCAGCGUCAUCAAAAUCAUCAAACAUCAGCCACAAAACAUCGCAAGUAACAGAAAAAUCUGAGAAACCAACACGGAUGUUUAGACACGGCACAAUAAAAGUACCAACAAUAUCAACAAACACAAUCAUUGGAGCCACAAAACCAACAAACACUGAACAAACAAAAAUAUCAACCAAUACAUACAACUCAACAUCAACAAACACAAACAGACCAAAAACAAAAUCAACAAACAUAAGCCACAAAUCAUCUAUAAACACAAACAACACAAUAUCAUCAAAUAUAUAUAGAGCCCCAGGUGAAAACUCGAAGUGGACAAAGGUGGAAGUAAAAGACUCCUGUGAGCUUGAGGAAAUAGAAAAAGAAAAAAGAAGAUUGACUUUAAAACGGAAAAACACCAGGCCAGUUGCCAAUAUCCACACAUCACCAACAGAGAAAGCAACGAACGCAACAGCACAAAACCUGAAUGAUGGUCUUCCAAACAGCAUUAAUACUGAAGAUAAAAUACCAUCUAUGACUUCUAAAAGAAGAUUGACUUUUGAACUGAAAAACACCAGACCUGUUGCCAGUCUCCACACAUCACAUAAAAAAGACAUCAUCUGA